UGACUCCAGAUCAGAAGGUUGCGUGUUCAAAUCACGUCGGGGUCAUUCACUUUAUUGGUUCUCGGAGGCGUGUGUUCUGUUGCCAUGGAGAAACGUUAGUUCCGGAACAAACAGGAAAAGUAGCUGCGAAGCAUCUUCUGGGAUUUACAAGAACAGAGCGCAUUUCAAAGACCAUCAUGGCAGACGAGGGUAAACGUAACAAACAGCUGCCACCCAGAGUCUCUGAUAUCAGGAGGAACAAAAAGAGAAAUAACGCUUCUGCUACUGAUUCAAAAAUAAAAGAGAAUCCUGGGAGUUUAUCUCCAAUAUCUUCUCAAGAUCCAGGUCAAACUCAGCUUUCCAAGUUCCGAGCUACCGGUACAAAACCCAAGGAUAACUUCUCUCGGGGUGCCGGGAAGGCAAAAGAACGACAAAAGGAUACAAGGAGCCACCAGCCAGCCUCUCAUACAAUCAACAACAACAAAGUUCCUGCACAUCUAAUGAAGGCUGCCGUCCAGGCCAUGGACAGCCUGCGUUGGGAAGGAGUGCUGCCAGACCCGCAGGAGGAAGAGAAAAGACUAGAGCGCUACAGAGCCAAUAGGCGACAGCGGUACAUCAUACACAGAGAGGCUCUGCUGAAAGAAGCCCAGUAUGCCAUGAGAGAGACAGAAGUGAUGACUUCAACCAAAUGAACACCAUCAGGAUCCACAGGCGGCUCACAAAUGAACUCUGACUUACUUACAAGCUGUAUGUUCAGUUCUGCUUUUUUU